GGCGCAGGUUUCGCACGCUGUCAUUCGUGCCGCGUUCACAAUGCCAGGACCUGGCUGUGGUUUCCUGCCGAGGUUUGGAAACACCCGAGGUAAUGCAGAAAUUAAUUAUUUUGAAGCAGGCGGUGCGUUAGAGGUGUAACUCUGACACAGUUUUGUGAACGUGGUUUAAAAUCGGGUGUUUUCUGUUGCAUCUGUGCCACGUUUCAUUAUGUUUUAAUGACUCUCACGCUGACUUUCCCUGGUCCCUGGGAAAACGGAGUUAUAAAUAGUGUAACAGCAAAAGAGUGUGAAAACUACUACAAGAAACACAGGCAUGAAAAUUUGCUACUUUUGUAGAAUAUUGGAAGCGUGAAUUCAAUAUUGCAAGUGAGUAUUAAACUUACAGAAUUACUGGAGAUUUGGGUUUAUUGUUAGUGGUGCUGCUUCACCCUCCAAUGAAACACAAACAGUGAGCCCAGAUCAUAGCAGGGGGAAGAGGGGACCUUGUAGAGUCAAGCAUGAUGAAAGUGAAGGCAGCCUGAGCUGUAUGAGUUGAAUGAUGGCCAAAGUCACCAAAAACACACAGAACAAACAUGCUGGUGAAGGUCGCAGCUGCCAGUAAAAUCUGUGCAUUUAAGGCAAGAAGGACAUGUGGUGAUUUGCUUAAGCUUGUAUUAGGAGAUCUGGUAGCCAGUUACUGAUAAAUAGUACAAUAUGUUUUCAUUAAAUAGCUUACUUGCUGCUCUCCUCUGCCAGCUCUCAGAUUUCUUACUGCUCUUCUUAGUAUGAUUCCACUCUUCCCCCCCCCCCCCCCCCCCAAUCAGACCAAAAUCUGACAGAGAACAAGCAGCAGAGCAUUACCUGAACUUCAUUGCAAUAAGUGUUAACAGACGAAGUCACAAUCUUGAUGCCAGGGAAUUAAAUGGGAAUUUUGCCUCAUUGCAGGCACAAUGGGAUUGUGUCUGCACAGUGUUAAUUUGGUAGAAGUACUUUGAGUUCAAUUUCCCUUUUUUUGUAUUAAAAAUGGAAGCUUGAGCUUUUGGACGUCCAUUAAAUUGCAAAUCAAACCCCAGUAAUCAGUGCAUUGUAAAAUAUUUAAGGAGAUCUGUCUCCCUGGAUCAAAUUAAAUAUUUGAAAACCGAAAGAGUUGUAGGUUUUGUAGGUAUUUCAUAUUGACAGAACUUACAUAGAGCCAUUUAGAAGUCAGUGAUGUUUUUUGUUAGGGUGUUUCUUAGCAGGAACCAGCUCUUUCCCUGAUCCUGGUCUCUCCAAACUUACACAUUUAUAGUGUUAAUAACUUCACUGAAGCUCCUUAUGCUGAGUGUCCCUGGGACUACAAGCAGUGCAUUGCCCCCCAGGUGCUCCUCACCUUUCAUAACUUUAUUUCUAGUGCAUUUGAGAGGCCACACGUUAUUGUCCAAUUAAAUAUAUCAUAAAUUAACUGAAACCAGUUCAGCAGCCAGUGAGGAAUUUUGCAGCUGGAGAUUAUCAGCCUGAGGGAGAUGACUCUGAAAUAAUAGGGAUACUGUUUCUGUAGAUGUAGAGUGCAUUUUCCCAUCUGGUGCAGUUCACCAGAGUAGUAAUAUGAAGAAGAGAAGUGUGGACAUGGCAUGAAAACUGCCUGUGGCCUCCACUCCAACCCUGCUGAGUGCCAGGAUUAUUCAUGUGGCUCAUCUGAUGGGGAAAACUCUGUUUACAUGGAAGUCCUCAAGAGUCUUUAUCAACUUUUGCAGACAAACAAGCCAGACUCAGUUAUCUUAUGUAGAUGGAUAAAGUCAUCUGAUAAGAGGGAAUUUACACUUCUUUAUACUUAUAAUCUUAUUUAAUUGGGUUUUACAUGGUGAUUAGUCAUUCCAGUGCUUUGUAUUAGGGCUAAUCCAAUUUCAUGUGGGUUCCUAACGUACUUGGUAUGGUGAAUUCAACAUACAACAUACAUGCCUGGGUGUAUCUGGGAGAGUUGUUUACCAAGUGGUAAGAGAAAAUAUCAGUCACCAAAACAUACACCAUUUGUGAUCAAAUGCCUUUGAAAUUUCAGGGUAAGAGAGGCUGAUAAAAGGGUGGUGAAUUUGAAAGGCUGGUCUCUCACUCAAUGUGCUAAAAGUUCUUUGCUCUGGUGCUAGCUGGUUCCUUUUCUCUUAUACACGUAAUUACCAUUUUUAUAAUCAAAAGGGGAUACGUAUUUUUUAACGUGCAGUUACUUUCCAGUUUUUUACUCCCCAUCCUUCUGUUCCCAUGGAACGUGCUCCAGCUGAGGACGCCAGGGCGCUGGGACCCCCCAGCGUGCCUUUUUGGUGGAAAAGCUGCUCUUUUGGCAGCAGGGUGGCUGUGGACAGCCACCCACCCGUUCCUGCCACGGAUCACACCCCCGUGACACCUCAGGGCUGAGUGUCAGAGCAGCUGACACAGCUGAUGACAUCAACAUCCACUCGUGCCUGCCCUGAAACCGGGACGUGAUCGUGUGGCUGGCCGUGCCACUGUGGCUUGGGGAGAUGGAUUUCCCUUCCAUGGGACUUCAUGCCUUGUGCAGGAGGAGAGGAGGCAGCCAGCACUGCUAAUUAGCAGAGUAAUUAGCAGGAGGGCCUGGCUGGAGGCACCUGCCUCACGUGCCUGACACGGGGCUGAGCGUGUUCGCGGUGCCGUGGGACGUCGUGGCGGCUCCCGGGUCACUCUGUGCUCUGCAUUCCUCAUGGAAACUUCACAUGAAUUUUCAGAUCAAGAUUCUCUCCAGAGAAAUGGUCAGCAUUACAGUGGUGGUGAGAAGCCAAAGUUCAAUGUCAAUCGAGUGGCGAUGGCACAGGUUGUCAGCUACAACUUGAGUGGGGGAGGACAGUGGGAAGGAGCACCCUGGAGGCCGUUCCCCCACAGCCACUACAGCCCCCUCAACGUCACUGUCAAUGGCACCCCCUGCAUCCUGUUCUGGGCCAAGAGGAUCACGAUCAGGUUUGAAAACCACACCCAGCUGGAUUUGACAGAGAAGACCUUCGGUGUCCGCGCCACCGUGGACCUUGGGGACUCAAACUGCAGCGAGGACAGUGCCAUACUUUCCCUGAAGUUUGGUGACAUUGGCAAUCUAAAGGGACUUGUUAUCAGGCUCUUGUUAACUACCAGCUACUACCAGCUGUCUGUCCAGAACUGGUUCAGCUUGCACAGGCUGCAGCUCCUGUACAACCACUCAGUGCAGGCGACGUUCAAUGCCACGGGGAUCCACGCGCCGGCCAGUUACUCCUUCCACUGCGAGCACGUCAGCAGCCUGCAGAGAUACCAUGCCCUGCUCGUGCCCAGCUCUGCAAACGACCUCUCCCAGCUCUGGGAGGUCACUUUCAUUGACUUCCAGAUUCAAGGUUUUAACGUUCAAGAAGGACAUUUUGCCUACGCCAGAGACUGUGCAUCCCUCUUCUCCCCUGCAAUCCUGAUGGGGUUGGUGAUGUCCCUGAUUCUGCUGCUGGUCCUGGCCUAUGCUCUGCACAUGCUCAUCCACCUGAAAUCUCUCGACAGGCACUACGAGUGCAAGGCUUCUCCUGCCUAUUUUGCACAGAUGAAAGACAAUGACAUGGGAGAUGAGAAGGAGCCACUGAGAAGCAGUGGGAGUGAGUCCUAUGAACUUAGAAACCAACAGUUCAGUAAAAUCUAUAUUUAGCAGUGUGUGUCUCAGUGAAACGAGGUAUUUUCUUCUUCUGGCACUGUUGUACGUAGUCUGUGCAGGUUUUUUACCAGCUGAUGAAAGGAAAAGUAGGUGACAGAUUGUUUAGCCAGUUAUUCACUGAUAAUCAUCUCAAAGAUGCCUUAGGAAAGAAGGUGAGAAAAAAAAUUCCGUUGUGGGUAAGCGAUAUCCAUGUUGUGGGACUUUACUCCUGUAGCAAAAAGCCAAAAUGCAGAGCUCUUCACCCAGCUUACCAAGCCUUGAGGAGAGAAUCAGUAAUGAACACCUUGCAAUUCAAUAAAGGUUAAAAACCCCCACAAA